UCAGGAUCGUUAGACCUGUUCUGUGUUCUCUUGUACUGGUUCUCUGUGAUGGCGGUCCGUGCCGGUCCGUGCCGGUCCCUGCUGAUCUGUCUGACCCUACUGGUCUCUGCGGUCCCCCCUCUGAGAGCCUGGGACGCGGAUCUGGAGCUGUUGGACCUGGUGGAGGAGAUCCAGCAGAACUUCUACCAGUUCCUGUCCCUGGACCAGGAUGCUUCAGGAGCAGAGAUAAAGAAGGCCUAUCGACGGCUGUCUCUCUCUCUGCAUCCUGACAAGAACAAAGAUGAAAAUGCUGAAACUCAGUUCAGACAACUGGUGGCCAUUUAUGAAGUCCUGAAGGACGAGGAGAGACGAAGCAAGUAUGAUGAUAUCCUGGUGAACGGGCUUCCUGAUUGGCGGCAGCCAGUGUUCUACUACAGACGAGUGAGGAAGAUGAGUAAUGCUGAGCUGGCCUUCCUCCUCUUCCUCAUCCUCACUGUGGGACACUACGCUGUCAUUUGGUCCAUUUACCUGGAGAAACAGCUGGAUGAGCUGCUGAGUAAGAAGAAGAAAGAGAAGAAGAAGAAGCUGAGCUCCAGACCUGCUGAGGAGCUCAGGUGUAUUGGCCAGGAUCGGACCGACAGAGUUCACGAUCGGCCACACUGGCAGGACAUCCUCCCUCUGAAGCUGAGCAUCUGGCUUUACCUGUCCAUUAAGAACCUGCCGCAGACCAUCCAGGAGGUGAAGCAGUACUAUGAGGACUACCAGCAGAUGAAACAGCAGCUGAGAGAAGAAGCUGAAGCAGAACAGGAAGUUGUAACAAGAGAGAAGAGGCCGAAGGUCAAGAAGCCGAAGGUGGAGUUCCCUGUUUACGAGCUGUCUUCAGAGAACCUGAACAGUCCAGGUUAUGACCAGGCCACGUCCAUCGAGGACAUCGAAGACCAGAUGGACGACUGGCUGCAGGACCGCGGAGCUGCAAAGAAGAAGACUGCAGACUGGACAGAGGACGAGCUCAGCCUCCUCAGCAGGUUGAUGGUUAAAUUCCCUGGAGGAUCUCCGGGUCGCUGGGAGAAGAUUGCUCAUGAACUGGGAAGAUCUGUGUCUGAUGUGACGACUAAAGUCAAACAGGUGAAAAACAAUGUGAGCAACACCUCAGGUCUGGUGAAGCUGUCGGAUCUGAAGGGACCUCUUUUUCCUGUGAGGUCAUUUCCGGUUCCUGACAAGCUGAUGACUCAGAGAGUGGGAGGAGCCUGUGAGCAGCAGCAGGAGGAGGAAGAGGAAGAAGAACAAGAAGCAGCUCCAGCUGUCAGGAGGAGGAACCGGAAGUCAGCAGCAGAGGGAGAGGAGCUUAAAGUCAGAGGUCGUCGGCAGAGAGAUUUUGACCCAACGGCAUCAGUGGAGGAGGAGGAGAAGGAGGAGGAGGAGGAGGCGGAGCCUCAGGAGAACAAAGUGGAACCCACAAUCUGGACUCAGAAUCAACAGAAGCUGCUGGAACUCGCUCUGCAGCAGUUUCCCAGAGGAACAGCAGAGCGCUGGGAUCGCAUCGCCAAGGUGGUCCCUGGGAAGACUAAGGAGGAGUGUAUGAUUCGUUACAAGAUGCUAGCAGAGCUCGUUCAGAAGAAGAAACAGAAUAAAAGUUGAUUGAAGGAACUGAGCACUGACUCCUACUGCUGUGACCUCUGACCUCCUGACGGGUGGGUCACCUGACGGGUCAAUGACUGUGUGACCUGUGACUUGUGUGUCAGGUUCAAUGUCAGCAUUGUUAUAUUUUUCUCUCCAGGUGAGCUCCCUCCUGAUGGGACUGAAUCGUUUAGUUUUGUUCUCUGUUACGUGGCGUCUCACCUUCUCAGGUGUUUUAUAAUUAAUGUGUCAAAGGAAGAAGAAAACCUCUGACCUCAUAGCUUCAUGUGCCUUAAUACAUACAGCAUGCUGUCAAUCAAACUCUGUUCAACUAAUCAAUAAAAAGUAUUUAUUAUCUCCUGCAGUUUGGUUUUAUUGUAAAUGUGCUGUCUUUUAGUAUUUGUUUUCAUGAUCAAUAAUGUAUCACAUGUUUACAUGACUAUACGUGAU